GACGUCAUUUCUGCGCGACCCUUGUUUUUGGCGCAGAGUUUUUGGGCUGCUUCUGCGAAGGAUGCCUAAAGUAGUGUCGCGGUCGGUAGUGUGCUCCGACACCCGGGAUCGGGAGGAGUAUGACGACGGCGAGAAGCCUCUGCACGUCUACUACUGUUUGUGUGGCCAGAUGGUGCUGGUGCUGGACUGUCAGUUAGAGAAAUUGCCCAUGAGGCCCCGGGAUCGGUCCCGCGUGAUCGAUGCUGCCAAACACGCCCACAAGUUUUGUAACACGGAAGACGAGGAGACCAUGUAUCUUCGGAGGCCUGAAGGCAUUGAACGACAGUACAGGAAGAAGUGUGCAAAGUGUGGACUGCCGCUCUUCUAUCAGUCCCAGCCCAAGAACGCCCCCGUGACCUUCAUCGUGGAUGGAGCGGUAGUCAAGUUCGGCCAGGGUUUCGGCAAAACGAAUAUCUAUACCCAGAAACAAGAGCCUCCUAAGAAGGUGAUGAUGACCAAACGGACGAAAGACAUGGGCAAGUUCAGCUCCGUCACCGUGUCUACCAUUGAUGAAGAGGAAGAGGAGAUCGAGGCUAGAGAAGUCGCCGACUCGUAUGCACAGAACGCCAAAGUGAUUGAAAAGCAGCUGGAGCGCAAAGGCAUGAGCAAGAGGCGGCUGCAGGAGCUGGCUGAACUGGAAGCCAAGAAAGCAAAGAUGAAGGGGACCUUGAUUGACAACCAGUUCAAGUGAUCAGAACCCUUCUUUCAACCCAGACCUGAGGCAAGCAUUUACAUGAGGAGGAAAAAGAACGGUCUCUUGACUCCAUGGACUGUGGCCACAUUUUUGCCCCAGCAGAAGGCUUUCCAUUGCUUCCCAUUGAUUCCUCCUACUUUCGGUGAGGUCUUUGAGUCCAUCUGCCCUGCUUUCUAGAGAUGGGUUUUCUAAAUCUUUCCGUAUAUAGGUCUUCUGUACUAUUUUUUGUCCAUUUGAUGUAAACUUCUUCAGCUGUGUGGAAACUCUGUGAACACUUCAGUGCUCGAGUGUCUCUCGUUUCUAAAGUAGCUGUUCUUAUUCCUUCUUCAAAGUUAAUAAAAUGUUUAUAGAUUUUUGAAAAAGUA